GCCCCAUCAGCUGGUUCAGCUCCGAUGGGCAGCACGGCUUCUGGGACUACAUCCGCCUGGCCUGCAGCAAGGUCCCCAACAACUGUGUCAGCAGCAUCGAGAACAUGGAGAACAUCAGCACCUCCAGGGCCAAGGGCCGGGCCUGGAUCCGUGUGGCACUGAUGGAGAAGCGCAUCUCCGAGUACCUGACCACGGCCCUGCGGGACACACGGACCACCAGGCGGUUCUAUGAGGACGGGUCCAUCAUGCUGCGGGAGGAGGCCAUGGUGCUCACGGGGAUGCUCGUCGGGCUCGGCACCAUCGACUUCAGCUUCUGCCUGAAGGGUGAGGUGAUGGACGGGAAGAUGCCCAUGGUCAUUGACUACACGCCCUACCUGAAGUUCACACAGAGGUACGACCACCUGAGUGAGGAGGAGGAGCGGGGCAGCGUGGAGAGCAGCACGAGUGAGGACAGCUCCCCUGACCACCCCUACCUGCCCCUGGUCACUGAUGAUGACAGCUGGUACAACAAGUGGCGCAAGAUGGAGAAGAAAUUUCGCAUUGUUUAUGCCCAAAAGGGGUACCUGGAGGAGCUGGUGCGGCUGCGGGAGUCGCAGCUGAAGGACCUGGAGGCGGAGAACAAGCAGCUGAAGCUGCGCCUGGAGGAGGCGAUGGUGCAGAACCAGCUGGAGAAGAGGGAGCUGGAGGGCGUCAUCCUGGAGCUGCAGGAGCAGCUGACGGGGCUGAUCCCCUGCGAGAACCCACAGCUGGCCCAGGUCUCCAAGGAGAUGGUGACACCUCUGGUGAACCAGUGGCCCUCGCUGGGGACCCUCAACGGCAACGAGAGCAGCUCGGACGGCAAGUUCUACAGGAGGUAA